UGGCAGCCGGGGUGGCGGAGGCGCGGGCCACCUCGGAGAGCCAGCUGCCCGGCGCCGCGGAGAUGGGCACCGGCACUCCGCCGAGCCCCAGCGGCACCGCCUUCGAGGAGACGCGGCUCCACGUCUUUACCCUGGAUUACCCCCACGUGCAAAUCCCCUUCGAGAUCACCCUCUGGAUCCUGCUGGCCUCCCUCGCCAAGAUCGGCUUUCAUCUUUAUCACAAGUUGCCCUCAAUAGUGCCUGAAAGCUGUCUUCUCAUUCUGGUUGGAUUGCUUCUUGGUGGGAUUAUAUUUGGAGCAGAGGAGAAGUCCCCACCUGUAAUGAACAGUGAUGUUUUUUUCUUGUAUCUUUUACCACCCAUUGUACUCGAUGCUGGAUAUUUUAUGCCAACUCGUCUUUUCUUUGAGAACUUUGGUACCAUAUUCUGGUAUGCUGUGGUGGGCACACUGUGGAAUGCCAUCGGCAUUGGAAUUUCACUUUAUGGAAUUUGCCAAAUCAGUGCAUUUGGUUUGACUGAUAUCACCUUGCUGCAGAAUUUGCUCUUUGGCAGCCUCAUUUCAGCCGUGGAUCCCGUGGCAGUGUUAGCUGUUUUUGAAAAUAUUCAUGUCAAUGAGCAGCUUUACAUCCUGGUGUUUGGAGAGUCUUUGCUGAAUGAUGCCAUAACUGUGGUCCUGUACAAUUUGUUCAAGUCUUUCUGCCAGAUGCGCACAAUUAAGGUUAUUGACAUAUUCGCUGGGAUUGCUAACUUCUUUAUAGUGGGGAUCGGUGGAGUAUUGAUUGGAAUCCUUUUGGGAUUUGUAGCAGCCUUUACCACCCGUUUCACCCAUAAAAUCCGAGUGAUUGAGCCACUCUUUGUCUUCCUGUACAGUUACUUGUCAUACAUAACAGCUGAAAUGUUUCAUCUCUCGGGCAUCAUGGCGAUUACAGCUUGUGCCAUGACCAUGAAUAAAUACGUGGAGGAAAAUGUUUCCCAAAAAUCCUAUACAACAAUAAAGUAUUUCAUGAAGAUGCUGAGCAGUGUCAGUGAGACUUUAAUCUUCAUCUUCAUGGGAGUGUCUACUGUUGGGAAGAACCAUGAGUGGAACUGGGCCUUCGUGAGCUUCACCCUCAUUUUCUGUUUAAUCUGGAGGGCACUGGGUGUUUUUGUUCUGACUCAGAUCAUUAAUGUGUUCCGGACAAUUCCUCUCACUUUUAAGGACCAAUUCAUUAUUGCUUAUGGAGGCCUCCGAGGAGCUAUUUGCUUCUCACUUGUAUUUCUGCUUCCUUCUACCGUGUUCCCCAGGAAGAAACUGUUCAUCACUGCUGUUAUUGUUGUGAUAUUCUUUACUGUUUUCAUUCAGGGAAUAACAAUUCGCCCACUGGUGGAGUUUCUUGAUGUCAAAAGGUCAAAUAAAAAGCAGCCUGCUGUCAGUGAAGAAAUUUAUAACAGGUUCUUUGAUCACGUGAAGACUGGAAUUGAAGAUGUGUGUGGACACUGGGGUCACAACUUUUGGAGAGAUAAGUUUAAAAAGUUUGAUAAUAAAUACCUGCGAAGACUUCUAAUCCGGGAGAACCAGCCCAAAUCCAGCAUUGUUUCUUUGUACAAGAAGCUGGAAAUCAAACAUGCCAUUGAGAUGGCAGAGAGUGGGAUGAUAAGCAAAGUCCCAUCAUCAGUGUCUCUCAGUGAAUAUCAUGAAGGAAAGAUAAAGCCACUUUCUCCCACUGAAAUGGAAAACAUGCGGGAAAUAUUAACAAAGAAUCUCUACCAAAUACGACAUCGAACAAUGUCAUACAACCGACACAGCCUGGCUGCAGAUGCAAAUGAAAAGCAGGCCAAGGAAAUUCUGAUCCGUCGUCGGCACAGCCUUAGGGAGAGCCUGAGGAAAACAAACAGCCUGUCAAGAGACAGACCGGCUGCUGCAAAUACGAAAAGAUUCCUUUCACUUCCUAAAAACACUAAACUCCCAGAGAAACUACGAGUGAGAAAUAAAACAUCUUCCAAAGUGGGUGACAGCAGUGACUCUGAGCUGGAUGCUGCUACCACGGUGCUCAAUCUAAGACCCAGAGCAGGGAAAAUCUUGAGAGACCAGAGACUGAGACAGCAGAGACCACCACCACCUGACUUCAGAGUGGAAUGGAAGAACGAAGUGGAUGGGAGCCAGGACAGACAAGGGGAGCAGCAAGAGCCAAGCACCUUGCCUCAGCCAUCCAUUGGGUUUAGGCAGCCACUGCUGACCAGACCAAGAUUUGGCACUUUGAGCAGGGAAGAUUUGACUACAGACCAUGGGUCAGCAAGACCUAUACCACCACCCCGGUUAGUUAGGCAGGCAUCACAAGGGGAAAGGCAGAGGAAUAAGCCUGAGAACCAGCCAUACUAAACAUAGCAAAAGAGAACUAUUGGUAAUAAACCAUGGACGUUUUGAAUUAGGAUUCUAACCUAUCUGAUCAGACUGUAUGGAAUCCAUUAAAAAAACCAACCAAGCCUCAGUGCGGUUCUAACCACUUCCACUUUGGUGGAGAUGAAGACAUAAAAAAAAUUAUCUCUUUUAUAAAUAACUUCUGGCAAUUCUUUAAUUACAUUAUUUCCACUAUUGCAAUAGGUUGGAAAUGUGCCUUAUCACAUCAUCUCUUGUGGAGCCAAGUCAGGCAGGUUCAAUACUGUUAUCCUUUGAAAAUCAUUGUUGACAGUCCAGUGAUGAAUGGGUUCUUAAAAAAAUUCUGUAUCAUUUCAGAUUUUAUUUAUAAUCAAAUAAUACUUGUUUUAACCAGAGCUUUAAUAUAACUAACACUGAAAAUUGCACAAUGCACCUAUCAUAUAGACUUUGUAAGAAGAAUAAAUGUAGUCCUGAAGCCCAGUUUGUUCGAAGAGCUAUGAUGCAGAAAAAGAAGAGAAGGAACAAGCUGUAGGAGCAGAAUUGCAAGUACAGUUUAUAGGGAGGAAUUGCAAUAGGGAUGAGACCUGAAUAGCUUGAAUUUUUUUACUUUUGAAAAGAAGAUACUGAAGAUAUCUGAAGAUGUACUGAAGAUAACCAAAGGAAAUCUGAAUUAUCUUGACUUUCACUAAUGUCAACAAGAGCUGAGAGCACCCAACAGGACAAAAGAAACCCUAAAAAGAGAAAGCUUCAAGCUGAUAAAUAGUGUUCUUAUUCAAAAUUGCUUUUUGCACCGUAGUUUCUUGGUUGCAGUGCAAACACAGCAGUAGAAUAGUUGCAAAGCACUUCAUGUAGACAAAGUGAGCAGUCUCCUGUUUGAGUCAGGGACCACUGAGACUCCAGAGAGCUCGUUCAGUCAUGCUUGUGACCCUGGUCAACUUGUUUUACUUUUUGUUUCCUCAUUUGUAAACCAGAAAAGAUAAUCUUUUCUUUGUCUGAGCUAUGCACUUCAAGGAACAAAAAUGUUCCGUCUGAUUUGUUUCUACAAAAAAAAAGUAGCACAGCAGGGCCCUGGAAUCAGUUUAAUUCACCGUGCACCUUAAUAACACCCAUAAGAAACAGGGACUUCCUCAUCCUAGUAAGUGGCUGACAUUUGAGUGCAUAGAGGAAGGGAGGGUGCAUUAAAAUAAAUUAUACUUCACUGUAGCUCUCAGGAAUUUGCACUUUCUGUCCCACUUAAUCUGUCUUAAGUUUUGAGCUUGCUUUAGCACAGAGACACAUUUCAGCACAAUGCAGAAAUAAUUUUCUUUCUAUUUGUUACAAGAUGGAUAACUUUAAUUGAAGAAUGUACACUGUGAAAUCAUAACUUUUCUUUUUCAUUAGAACAUUUCUAAAUCUGUGGGCAAUAAGAUUUUUUUAUUUAAGCUUGUUUUGAAAGAACUAUUAAAAUCAGAGUUUCCUUUUCAAAUCACAGGGUAAAUUUUUUUCAAAGGUUUUUGGGUGGGGUUGAUCAAAUGGGGAUUUAAGACUUCCCUUCUUCUAACAGCUUUUUCAAAUUAUUUCUUUCAUGUACGUAUCUGAAAUGUCAAACCUUCCUCAACUCUUUUAUUGGCACAGGUCUUUCAGUGGUUUUACUCUUGUUCAGCUAUGGAAGUUUCUGCUGAGUGUCAAAUGCAAACUCUAAGCUGCAGAACGAUGGCUGCGUGAAUCCUAGAAAAUUAUCAUGGCUAUUCUCUACAAAUCAUUUUUGUGGAAGGCAACACUUAGCUGUCCUUUAAUGAUCAUAAUCUCUUUGGAAAUAAAGCUGGUUUCAAACAAAGCCAGCAAGCUUAAGAAACAAAUUUGAAUUUGUCUUUCAACAGGAAACUGUUUUCAUCAGUAAAACUGGUAACAAGUACUCUCUCACUGCAUUAUCAGGAUCAUGCUUGAAAAAGAAAGAAGCCUUUAGUUUGGAUUUUAGUUUUGAAACCAUGUCCUCCUUGCAGAUCAAACUGUUUAUAGACUUGGUGUUUUACAUCAGGCCAGUCUGAAACUGGACCAAAUAAAUAAACAAAUAAAUGUGAAAUGUUGCACA